GAGAGGAAAACAGACGAAGCUGUACCUGUAGGGAGAAAUGUGUAGAAAUCGAGCGUGGAGUGUCCGUCAAUAACUUUUUUAUUUCCACUGCCCGGAGCCUGACCCAGGAUAUUGUAAAGACGACCCUUUGAAGCAGUCUUCUCGAGGAAAUAAGACAUGAGAGUUCUUGUAGGAGGAGGAACGGGAUUCAUUGGCAAAGCCUUGGUGGACACCUUAAAACGCAAAGGUCACGAGGUUACCAUCAUAUCAAGGACUCAAGCCCCUGGAAGAAUAACCUGGAAUGAGAUUUCAAAGGCUCCUUUGCCAGAGUGUGAAGCUGUUGUCAAUCUUGCUGGAGAAAAUAUUCUAAAUCCACUAAAAAGGUGGAAUGAAGAGUUCAUAAAGGAAUUAAGAAACAGUCGCUUGGAAACCACCAGUACCUUGGCAAGAAAAAUUGCAGAUGCCACAAAUCCUCCAAAAGUGUUUGUCUCCUCCUCUGCUGUUGGUUACUAUCCACCAAGUGACACAGUAGAGUAUACAGAGGAUUCACCUCCAAGUUCUGCCAACGAACUGACACGUCUGUGUAAUGAUUGGGAGAACAGUGCUGAACUUCCCGAGGGCUGCAAGACAAGAUUGGUCAAGCUAAGGAUCGGGGUGGUAAUGGGUCGCACUGGAGGCAUCAUACAGCAGUCAAUUUGGCCUUUCUGGCUCGGUCUUGGUGGCAUAAUAGGAAGCGGCAAACAGUAUUUUCCUUGGAUCCACAUCGAUGACAUGACUGGAAUGAUUGUUCACGCCCUCGAAAACGAUCACGUGACUGGUGUUUUGAACGGAGUAGCACCGGAAAUUGUGACGAACGAGCGCUUUACAAAGGAAUACGCAGGCGCACUGUGGAGACCUGCCAUUCUUCCAACACCCGCAUUUGUUGUCAAUUUUAUAUUUAGUCAAGAACGCGGGAAACUGCUUUUGGAAGGACAGAAAGUUAUCCCUAAACGGACAUUAGAACUGGGUUACAAGUUUCAGUUCCCAGAAAUUAAAUCGGCGUUGGCAAAUAUUGUCAAAUAAAAAAAAUUGUGGUGCACAUGAGUUUGUGCCAAGAUUUAACAGUUGAGUUAUGUUUGAGUUCAGGGGAAGACAGACAGGUAGAAAGAAGUGACUGCUGAUUCUUGUUGAAAGUUUCAAACGUUCUUCAUGACAUGAAAAGAAAAACAGUGAUCUUAUUGUGCUGGGAAAAUAUGAUUUUACAAGCAAAUAAAUCGAAAUAAACUCCAGUCCCAAACUACCUUGUUUUGUUUUCACUUUAUUUUAUUACAAAGUGAGGGAGAAACAAGCUUAUAGAAAUUCUACGGAUAAACAUUUGAAGAAGGAUAGCACUCUAACGCCAUUCAGAAGAGUAAGGAAAGUUAGCAUAUGCAACAGUCCAAAGAAUUCCAAGCAGUUGACGUUCCGUUGAUUCUAUGAAGGAUUAUGAAAAAUCGUCCGUGGGCACACGUGACUUCCUGACUAAACGGAGCCGAUGUACUUUGUUGUCAAUAACGAGCCAUUUAAUAACAAUUUAUUGCGAUCGAGUCCGACGCAAAGACAUUUGUGAUCUCGUUUGUAAUACGUCUUGCCUAUCCCGCCCCC